AUGAAGGAUUGGCUGAGACCUAAUUUCAAACACCAGUCACACUUUAGUUUUUGCUCACAUUAGUAAUAUUAUGCCUUAACUUAGUGAUGUGGUUUAGGCCCAGCCAGCAGCUGAGCGCCACGCGGCUGCUUACUCACCCCUCCCCCAGCGGGCUGGGGAGGAGAAUGGAAAAACAACGGCAAAGCCUCGAGGGUUGGGAUAAGGGCAGUUUACUGGGACAGCAAGGGAGAGGGGAACAAUCAACAACAGUACUGAUAACAGAUAUUCACAAGGGGUGAUAACAGAGAACAAUUUACCGAUCCAAUGACCGACCGACCAGACACUCAGCCUGUCCAGGAACCGCACCAAAAACCAUGCUGCCCCCCCUCUGCCCGACUAGCCCCCUUUUGUGGUGAGCAUGAUGUCACAGGGUACGGAAUAGCCCCCGGCCAGCUUGGCUCACCUGUCCUGGCUCCUUGUGAAAUUAACUCUGUCCUUGCCAGAACCAGGACACUUAGAAAGCAAAACUUAUUAAAAAAGGACAGCCAGUCUGGAGAUUCACUCUUGACACGGUCAAACUAGGGCUUCACUUGGCCCCAGAGGUGAAGUAAUGCCAAUGCUUAGCAAUGGGGACUAUUUUGAACCAAGAGCAGUUGUAAACACUGGAGAACAGUGGUCUUCCUCAUGUGGCAGAUGCAGGCCAGAAAGGAAAGCCACGGUACGUCACAGUUAAACACAGUGUUUAUGCCCCACGCCUGUCACAUCGGGGUAGGUGUCAUGGGUUUUGGGACCUCUUGGAGCAGGUCAAUGUGAAGCACAAACACCUGCACUCUGUCUAUGUAGAAAUGGUGCGCAGCUGUCUGAGUCAUGACGGUCACACACUUGUACACAGAGCACUGGUUUCUGAGGGGCAAGCCUAUGUAUGAUGUCAUAAGUCAGUGGCAUCAGUAGAACCACUGCCACCAGGGCUCCAGGCACGUGUUUGACCCCUGGUAGAGUGGUGGCAGGGCAAUCCUACCGAGAUGGUGUCCAGCACAUGAAGUCACCACAGCUGUACAGGAAAGGUCUGCAAGAACGGCAGCAGCGUAUGCAAGCUGUUUGAACCUGUAAGGGACAGCCACGUAUCUGUGACUCAGGGUAGCCUCAAGGCCAUGCAAGAAACUAAAGCAGUAGUCGUAGACAUUGGCACGAGUUCCUUCAAAUGUGGCUUUGCAGGGGACCCAUGGCCUUCCUACAUUGUUUCAUCUACGGUUGGUAAGCCUAUACGGGAGACUGGGAGCAAUCAGAAAGAAACCUUUGUUGGAAGAGAACUUCAGAAUAGCAGCGUACCCUUAACACUCAUCAACCCAAUAAGACAUGGCACAGUGGUGGACUGGAACUGUGUCCAAGAUACUUUGCAGUGUAUUUUCCAGAUGGAGAUGAAGAUUCAGCCAGAGGACCAUGCUGUUCUGGUGUCAGUGCCUCCCCUGUGUUCCAUCACUGACAAGGAGAGAUACGCUGAGAUGAUGUUUGAAGGAUUUCACAUACCUGCCGUCCACUUUGCCUACCAGUCCCGUUUAUCCAUGUACUCUUAUGGAAAAACAUCAGCUCUUGUGGUGGAAAGUGGCCAUGGUGCUUCGCAUGUGGUUCCCGUCUAUGAAGGUUAUGUGAUACGUAGCAUCACUGGGAGAGUAGAUUAUGCAGGCUUGGACGUCACAUGUUAUCUCAUGAAGUUACUAAAUGACUCUGGACAUGUGCUCACAGAACAGCAGCUAGACAUUGUACAAGAUCUCAAAGAGAAGUCUUGUUACACUUCUCUGGACCUUACACAGGACUUGAGUUUGCCUAUUCAGAAAGAACAAAUGAAUUAUGAGCUGCCAGAUGGACACCUUGUAACUGUAGGCAAGGAGAGAUUCCUUUGUGCUGAAGUGCUCUUCAAACCAGCCUUACUUGGCUUACAGCAGCCAGGGCUCUUGCAGCUGACACUUGCCUGUCUCAAGAAGUGUGAUGCUGACGUCAACAAAAAAAUGGUGGGGAACAUCCUGCUGUGUGGGGGCAGCACUAUGAUGGAGGGCUUUGUCGACCGCUUCCAGAUGGAACUGGCCAGGAUGUGCCCCAGUGACAACCUCAUCACAGCUGCAUCCCCUCAAAGAAAGUCUUCUGUUUGGGUUGGUGGGUCUGUUCUGGCCUCACUCCACUCUUUCCAGGAGCUCUGGGUUUACAGGAGUGAAUAUGAAGAACGUGGAUCUUCCUGCAUUUUUAAGAAGUGCUACUGAGGAAGACACUGGGUGCUUUAGAAAGAUCAGUGACAAAGGGUACCUGAAUCAAUUCAAGAGCAUCUCCCUUCCACUCUUUGCUGUAAGAGAUUGCUGCUGGAGUUGCACUCUUUUUGUGAUAUUGUGCGCCUGAAAUAGUUUCUUUUCUAUUUAAUGAAGCUAGGCAGCAGAGAGGUGACAAACUUCUCACGAGAGAAUUGUGCUUCCAUAUAGAACCAUAGAAUAAUUCAGGCUGGAAAAGACCUUUAAGAUCAUGGAGUCCAACCAUUAACCUAGCACUGCCAAGUCCACCACUAAACCAUGUCCCUAAGCACCACAUCUAUGCAUCUUUUAAAUACCUCCAGGGAUGGUGACUCCACCACUUCCCCAGGGCAGCCUGUUCCAGUGCUUGACAACCCUUUUGGUGAAGAGAUUUUUUUUCCUAAUAUCCAUUCUAAACCUCUCCUGACGCAACUUGAGGCCAUUGCCUCUUGUCCUAUCACUUGUUAUUUGGGAGAAGAGACUGACACCCACCUGGCUACAACCUCCUUUCAGGUAGUUGUAGAGAGAGAUGAGGUCUCCCCUCAGCCUCCUUUUCUCAAAACUAAACCAACCCCAGUUCCCUCAGCUGCUCCUCAUAAGACUUGUGCCCCAGACCCUUCACCAGCUUUGUUGCCCUUCUCUGGACACACUCCAGCACCUCAAUGUCUUUCUUGUAGUGAGGGGCCUAAAACUGAACACAGGACUCGAGGUGCAGCCUCACCAGUGCUGAGCACAGGGGCACAAUCGCUUCCCUACUCCUGCUGGCCACACUAUUUCUGAUACAAGCCAAGAUGCUGUUGGCCUUCUUGGCCACCUGGGCACACUGCUGGCUCAUGUUCAACUGGCUGUCCACCAACACCCCCAGGUCCUUUUCAACCAGGCAGCUUUCCAGCCACUCUUCCCCAAGCCCGUAGCGUUGCAUGGGGUUGUUGUGACCCAAGUGCAGGACCUGGCAUUUGGCCUUGUUAAACCUCAUACAGUUGGCCUUGGCCCAUUGAUCCAGCCUGUCCAGAUCCCUCUGCAGAGCCUUCCUGCCCUCAAGCAGAGCAACACUCCCGCCCAACUUGGUGUCAUCUGCAAACUUACUGAGGGUGCACUUGAUCCCCUCAUCCAGAUCAUUGAUAAAGAUGUUAAAGAGAACUGACCUCAGCACUGAG